AUGGGUCACCAGCAACUCUACUGAUGCCAUCCAUGAAAAUUUGGCUAGGGUUCUCAUUCUUGCUGCAUCUGCUCAAACUGGCAUGGUCUGAUCCAGAAAUAUCGCCUCAAUAUGUGUGGACAGUGUUCCUAUCAGUGGGUGAAGGAUAUUGUCUUCAAUAAGUUGGAAUAAGUGUACCUUACUGCAGAAACAAUGCUAGCUCUUUGUACAUAAAAUAAAUUUCAA